CCUGCUGAGGGUGGAGGAGCUGGAAGAGACUCUACUGGAGAGGGGUCAGGAACUGCAGACAGCCCAACAGACUGUCAGCCUCCUGCAGGGACAGGUGUCAGGUAAGCUGAUAGAUAAGGAGCGGUCCCUGGAGGAGGAGAUCCAGCUGAGGGAGAGAGUCCAGCUGCAGUGGAAGCAGGCAGAGAGGAGCGUAGAGGACCUCACGAUAGAGCUACAGACUGCUGCACAGACCAAGGAGGACCAGGCCAAGCAACUCAAACAGGCUCAGGAGAAAGUGAUAGAUCUUGAGAGCGACCUGGAGGAGAUGCAGGACCGUGAACAGAGAUGGGCCAGCAGGCACAAGAGAGCCGUCGAGCAGACGGAACAGCUCCAGCUGAAGUUGAUCCAGGAGAAAGAUGUGAAUGAGCAGCUGGACAGUGAGAAGAUAAUCCUGGAGAGACAGGUGCGUGACCUGCGUGUGGAGGUGGAGGAACUUCACAACUCCAGAGUCCAGGAUGAUGUCAUCACUAAGACAGAGAGCCGGGCCAAGGAGCUGGAGAACGCUCUCAGAGUGGAGGAGAGGAAUAAGGUGGUGAUGACCAACACCAUCGGUAAACUGGAGAGGAAGAACAACGAACUGUCAGAUCAGCUGGAGGAGGAACAUAAGAUCUCUACGGAGCAGAAGGACCUGAUGACCCAGAGGAUGCGUUCCCUGAAGCGUCAGCUGAACGAGGCAGAGGAGGAGGCUAGUCGUAGAGAGGCUCAGUACCGCCACACCCAGAGAGAACUGACAGAGGAGAGAGAGACCUCCACCAGGCUACAGAGACAGCUCCUGGACCAGCACCUCCAACUCAAGCGUAAGGAGUCCACCUUGCAAAUGAGGCAGACUCUGGAGAAACUGCAUCUGGAUCUCAGUGUAGAUGAGGAGGACCAGGCUGCCUCAGUACCCACCUCCUCCAAGGCUUGAAGAAAAUCACCCUUCCAGGAUAACAACACCGCACCCCCUCAUACUAGUUACAGUCAUACCCCCUAAUACCACCACUAAUAGACUUGACAAGAAACAACACAACACAUUCUAUACUGGCACCAAUACUGUCAUUUAUCGUACAAUACAGUGCCCACAAGUUAAGUGUUCAAACUUUCUUUAGCAUCUUUCUCUGUACUAUUGAAAUGUAAAGCAUUCUGUCUCUAGUUCCUGUUUUCCAAAAGCGGUUAUGGAAAACAGCUGGUUUUAUCUCAAUAUUAACUCAUUUCUGGGUAACAAUUAAGUACCUUACUGUGAUUGUUUUCAAUCAAAAUGGUCAAAAAGAAGAA